AUGGAAUCGAUACACAGGUUAAAGUGGUUUGUGAAUGGUCGACAAGUGGAGAAUUUGGUCGAUCCGUGGUAUCGAUUGCGACUGACCAGGAAUAUGCACAACGCCGUGUUCCGAUGCAUUGCGAUCUCAAAUAAGAAAGGUCAUGCAGAGACCACUGUUCGUGUCCGAUAUGUGAAUGCUGAAUCAGUUGAUCGAGUCGGUCCACAAUUUCAAGAACCAUCAGCUCUUCUGUUCACCGCUUCGCCCGGUGAAGAUGUGGCGAUGUCUUGUCCGGCUCGAGGAAAUCCGGAGCCAAGAAUUGAUUGGCGUCGUGAAAGUGGACACGAAGUGCUACAUCGUGGUGUCACCUAUCGGAAGGACAAUUUGCGCGAAGAAGAUUUCGGCACCUAUAUCUGCACAGCACAUGUGCAAGAUUUUCCUCCCAUCUCAAAACAGAUGUACAUCGCGAAACGACGUCCUCCAACCAUCCAGCCCAAUCCGAUUGUACCGGCUCGACUCGGACGGGCAGCUCGACUACGGUGUACAGUAAAUUCCGUCCCACUGCCACCGAUUGGUCAAACACACUGGUUCUAUAACGGUCGACCAAUUCGACCGGAUUCACAACACACGUUCGAACGUGAAGAAUUUAUCGGCGGUGUGGUUCUUAUUUUGCACAUUGCCCAUGUCAUGAUGACCGACUAUGGGAAAUACAAUUGCACAGUUCAGAAUGGAUACGGUUCGGACUGGAAACUGAUCGAAUUGGUGCACCAAGAAGAUAUACCACUACAGUUUAUCAUCGGUGCGGCUGUGGCUGUGGGCAUUCUCAUUAUAGUUGGCAUUGUACUCCUUUGCGUCUGUCGUCAACGUAUCUGUGGCCGAAAAUACGAGAAAGGACGCCCAGCGCCUACACAGACACUGCAAGUUCCCAAAUCCAAUCAGCCCUCACUACAAGACUACGGAGUGGUCAAUGCGGAAUUCAAAGUACCCGCCAACGGCCAUGAUGGAGCGCAGCGCCAAGCCUAUUAUCCUUGGUUUACUAGCAAUGCUCAUCUUCAAGGCAAUUAUCGUUCCAUGCACAACAGUUCCAAACUGGGACAGGAUAAGUGCUACUACGACGAAUCGAAAGGCGAUCUUUGUUCCAACUCAGCUUUCCCUGUUGGCAUUUCGUCCGCCUACUGUCCGACCAUAUCUUCCUCCUGUCAACUUAUUCAACCUCUAUGUAACGGUGGCGGUUACAUUUCGGCCAUUGAUCCACGUCUGUUGAACUCGUCACAAUCCGCCUUUCUCGCGGGUUGUCCCACCAUCCUGUCAACCACACCAAAUAUGGUUGGUCAAGCACCGCCUGAUUUCCUCCCGGAUGCAUUGAAUUUGCAAGCCUGUGGCGGUUUCGAUCCAAUGACCGGAUCAUGUCUGUUUACCACAACUACGGCCACACCGGACGGAUUGCCUCAAAUCACCACACUAGAUUUGACCCAUGGAAUUCCGGCCCAAGUCCGUGAAAGUCCAUACUUGGGUGAAACUCCUAGUGGUCGCAGUUCCCUCGAUCCCAGUCAGACUGCUCUCAGUUCACCCCGAAACAAGAUGGUACAUGGUAUGGCGGAAUCAAACGAUUCCGCUUUGUCACCCACUCACUCAGGCAGUAUGCAAGACAGCUUAACCCUGCGGAAUUCCAACUUGCCCAACGAAUCGAUGACAAUGGAACUGGAUUCCGGGAUCACGUAUGUGAUGAAUGAGCACACUACCAAUGUGUGA